AUGGCGGAUUGCCCAGCUGCAUACGUCCGUAUUGAUAAGUUUCAUCCACCAAAGACCUUCAGAUUUCCCCGUCGCGAGUUUGGAUCAAAGGGCGAGACUCGUUCGUUCAAAGCAGAGUGGUGUGAAAAGUUCGAUUGGCUGCAUUACGACACUUUCGCUGAUGCUGCGUUCUGCCACGUUUGCAUGAGUGCUGAACUAGAGAAAAAGUUUCUGGCGAGCACGAAGAGAGAUCAUGCCUUUAUCAGUAAAGGAUUUACUAACUGGAAAGAGGCGACGAUUGCGUUCAAAAAGCAUUUGGCCAACGCUUGUCAUCGGGAGGCAGUGUCCGGAAUACAAGAUCUACCGAAACACGUACAUGACGUUGGAGAGUUGCUCGACUCUCAGCACCGCAAGGAAAAGGCAAUCAAUAGAGAUAUGUUUCGGAGAGUACUGCAGAAUGUUCGCUUCCUUGCUCGUCAAGGUUUAGCUCUGAGAGGACACCGUGAUAGUACAGAAAGUAACUCUAGACAGCUGAUGCGUCUAAGAGCAUUUGACUGUGCCGAAGUUUUGGAGUGGAUGGAUAAGAAGACAAAUAAGUGUACCUCUCCUGACAUUCAAAAUGAGUGCCUUCAGUUGAUGGCCUAG